UCAGUUAAUGUGGCUCAGAUAUUAUGGUAAUCUACAAAUGAAAAGAUUGCAAAGAUUAAGCACUUUUUGAUUAGUAUUUCAAAGGUUUACUUUCUGCUGUAGUUGAUCCUCUUGCUUGAAUAAACAAUCUUUGUUAGCCGGACGUCAAGCGUUAAGCUCCUCCUCCUUAUGCAAAACGUCCUCGGUAUCCGGAAAUUAACAAUCCCGUGACGUUAGAGGAAUGUUAGCACAGCAUCGGAAUGACUACAGUGCCUUUCUGUGUUUGGUUUUWAAAACUUUUUACAGCUGUCUGUCGCUGUCAGCUAACAGUUUAGCUCCCCUGUCGUCUUACGAACAUGGAGCUAGCAGAGCCAAAGAGGCUGUCGGUGGAUGUAUUCCUCCGCUCGGACCUUUGCAGCGGGAUGAAUUCUUCCUCGGGACCCUAACGGAACCGUGGAGUCAGAUUUAUGGGACGAACAAGCUAGCAGGCUAACCCGAACGUCAAGACGGUGAACAAUGUCGCGGUUUGAACUGAAAGAACUGUCCAAUUUCAGAGAAUACGCGGGCAGCCUCGAGCUGACGGACAUAUUGACUUCGAGGGACACAAACAGCCUGUCAGAUGUCCGUGUAAGCCCGGACGGACGUCACAUCCAUAUCAUCCUCCGCGAGCCUAAGGUCGGUCUCAUGACUUGUGACAAGUACGAAAGACCCCAGCCGACUCAGAACCACAAGAAACUGGAGUUGUGUUUUCCACGAACGGUUCCGGUCGUGGAUCUUUGCUAUUUGGACCAUUACAACAACAAUAACAACUGCAGCAGAGAAGCGGCAGUCGCUGCAGUGAUUUAUGAGGAUGGAAAAGCGGAGUUUUGGAUCUUUCAGGAGAGCAAGGCCGGCUGGCGUCUCCUGCAGACAUCAGAUCUGUGCACCAGCCCCCAGGCCAGAGUCGUGUCUGUCUGCGUUUGCUCCAGUUUUAUCCUCUGGUGUGAGGAGCGACCCGCCUCCUCGGAGAGCUCCACGAGCAAUAAGUUGGGGUGCUGUGUUUGCAKGCGUGACUUUGAGGUUGAAGAGGGGGCCGUCAUCUUGGCUGGGGCGAAAGUCAUCCUUCACAGCAGUCCCAGAUUCACUGUGAUCAGCUCAGGGGAUUACGUGCACCUUCUCCCUGACCUGAAAGCGAAGCCAGCGUCGUGCACCUUCAAAUUCUUCCUCACCUGGUCCCCUCGUCACGACUCCUUCACAGUCAGCGCCGUUUGCAGGAACACCGCCAUCAAGAAGCUUUCAGCCAAAGAGUCUGACUUUAGGAAACUGAUCACUGAUUGUUUAGGGUAUUUAUCAGCUCUGGAGCCGCCUGAGAUCUACGGUUUUUCGCCUACUGGCUGCGGAGGCCUGCUGCUUCUCCUCAGCACUGGCUGGCUGUGUCUCCUGCAGAAAGAUGGGACGAUGAGAAAAGUUUACAAACUGCCCGAGAACGGUUUGGUGCAGCACGGCGCACACACGAACCUUUGCGUUUAYGUGAACGUUGUGGCGCUGGUAAUAGGGCCAAACCUGCAUCUGAUAGAGUUGAGUUGUGGCAGAGAACUGCAAAAGAUUGUGUUGAAGAGUGGCGGGUUGUUGUAUGUGAACCAGACCGAAAGGCGCACUCCACAUCUGCUCUCAGAAGCUGGACUGUUUGUGGUGGAGGACAGAAAAACAGACGCUGCAGACUGCAGCUUUAAAACGAGCCCUCCUGGUUUUGGCACGGUCGAGGGCGUUCAUCCCGGAGCCCUCCUCGUAGAGGCCGUUUUCGAGGAGGCUUGUAAAUACUACCAGCAGAGGAGCCUGAGCAGCACCCAGCUCACCGUGGACACGUUAAAAAAAGGGGGAAGGUUCCAGGCUCCCAUCUCCUUAGCCUCCAUCCUCAGGAGCUUCCUCGGCGCCGGCUUGAAGAAGAAGGGUGCCMAGCCGUUGCAGAACGGAGGAGGCGAGUUCGUCGCGGGGCAGGACAAGCUCAUGGCUUCRCUGGAGGGUGAGCUCAAGGCCCUGGUGUCUCUGGAGGAGCUGAAGGGGGGUUUGGUGAGGGGCGGUCCUAAGGAGGUGGAGGCGGUGUGCGAGACUCUGAUGGAGAAAGAAGUGACGAGGCUGCUGUCGGCGUCYGAGCUGGAUAGAGAGGCUCUGCUGUACCUGAACUCCAUCUUCAGCGUCUUCCCCCGGCAGGCGUGGCGGGCUGCCCAGGCUGCGCUUCAGCUGCACCGCAACGGGGAGGGGUCUCUGUCCAGCAGGGCUCCCCCUGACGUGUGGAAGGCUGUCCUCAGUCACRCUCAGCCGUCCACCCCUGCAGCCUCCCUUUUGUUUCAGAACGGGCAGCCGAAACACAACAGCCUUAAAGGUGGUCACAGUUAUAAAGGCAGACCCCCCUCCUCCCCCUCCCCACCCGUCCUGCCGGUGUUUGAGCUCCUCUGUCAUUCGGUCCUCCACUUCCAGCCCACGUGGCUCCCCCGCUUCAUCGAGCUCGCCCAGCAGCAGCAGGGCUCCGUGGGUUUGGGUCUGGGCCUCGCCUCGUCCUCCUGGAGUUUCUCCGGCGGCCGAGGAGCGGAGGGCGGCGAGAACAACGUGCCCCUCUACAAACGAGCGCUGCGCGUCCUGGCCGCCGCAAACCCGGACGGGGGCCGGCGCCCGGACCUGGAGGUGGAGCUGCUGCUGGUGGGCGGGCGGCCCAACGCCGUCCUGCAGGCUCUGCGGAUCCUCAUGGGCGAGGGCCAGUGGGGGCGGGUCACCCAGGUGGCCCAGCAGUUCUGCAAACAGAGCCCGCUGCUCAACAAGGAGAUUUUCACCACGCUGCUCUGCGAGGCGGCGCAGCGCCGAGACCUGGACCCUCACCUGGACCUGCUGUGGACCCUGUGCCCCGAAGACUUCACCGUCACCACCAUCCUGAACUUGGUGCUGAAAAGCCUUCCCGCUCCCGACGCCUCCGCCCAGCCCUCUGCUUUCACAAACCCCUCCUCCUCGCCUCCUUUUGUGGACCCUCACAGCAGCAGCCAGUUGACCGUAGGGCUGCUGAAGCCCCUGCUGAGAAAAGUCCUCCAGAGCGAGACGAAGCCGAGUCAGCGUUACGUCGACAUCCUGCAAUCCCCGUCGUACCCACCUCCGGCUCUUCCUCGCCAACCCACGGAGCAGGUGAGCUCUGCCACAGACUCGGCUUCGUGCAGCAGCAGCAGCACCGCCGCUCCUCGCACAGAAACACCUGAGCAGCAACCGUCCACGCACGCAACCAUUCAAAGGUGCAGCAUCGCACUCUCUGCUGCGCCGCUUGGAUUUACUGACAGCUGAACGACUCGUACGCCACAUUCCACACACAAGCUUUACUAAACGUGUCGACAGUCAGAGAAAAACACAAGUCUGUGAAAGGUUUCCUGAAUGUAAUAAUUAACUGAUAGUGUGUAUUUGAAGGUAUUGUCAGAAGAAAUAUGACUACUAGUAAGUAUAAAAUGACUACUGAACAUAUAAAGUAAAUAUAUGGCAGGUCAUUUUUAAAUCUGAUUUAUGUGUAUGCUGUAUCCAGUUGUAUUUAUCUCUUAAAGGUACUCCUUGUACGGUCCRAAAACAAAAUCCACACAAUUUGUUUCUAAUAUAAUGUGUUCUUAAAUUAAAUGUUUGUAAGCUAAAUUUAUGACCAGCUGCCAAAUACCAUGUGUGUAUUUACCUACGAAAAGAGCCAAAGUGACUCAAAAAACACAUUAAUAGCAAUGUUGGUGGAAGAGGUGUCUGGGAUGGAGUUAAUUUUUUUUCAUAUUUGAAUGUAUUUACCCUCAAAUUUGUUGAGUAAAGUAUACAAUCUUCCGUAUAGUCUUGGACAAAUUCAGCUGAGUUUGUUUACCUCGAGUGCGUACCCGCAUUUUAGAAUUUCAUAUCGAUAUAUCUGGAAAACUACUGGAGUUAACUCAGACUGCAUCAUUAAAUAUAGCCAAGGAAGUUAUUGUUGCAAUGAGUACCUAUAAGUGCAUGCGAUGACAAUGUUAUAUUUAGUGACCUUAACCCCCAACAAGAAURAAUAAGUAACGGUUUUGUUUAUUAUACUGUUUUAAAACCGUAAAAGCCACUAAAUUUUAUUCCAUGUUUUUCUCAUCAUAAGAAAUGGCUGUAAAAUCUUUUAAAUGAAUGUGGAUGAAUAUACUCCUGUGUUGAGUAACUGAAUAUAUAUUUGAAGUGCUGCUUGCUGGGAAACAAAGCUACUGAUGUAUAGUUUAUCAUUGUGCUUUGCUGAGAAAAGAAAAGAAAUUAACAUGUUUAUGAUUGUAUUUGAGUUCUUUAACUUUCUCUUGUGCUUUCAUGCAGUCAUUGAGAGAAUUCAGAAAAGCUGGUCUUUGUUUUUGCUUUGUGUUGUUUUUUGUUUUUUUUUAGCGUGGGAUCAAGGUUCCUUUGCUGACUUUUAGUUUCACACUAAGGACCCCAAAUGUGCUUGACCUUCAACCUUGUUUUGAUUGACUCSGUUUAACAAUUUAAUCUCUGUAAACUGGACCUGCAACAGUUGAAAUGUCAUGUUUUUUUUAAUAUAACUCCCAUUAUCUGUUCCCUCUCAGCCCAACUGGCAGGGACAUUCCAGGAAAAAAUUCCCAGUGAAAGUGGCAAAUUUAAUUUAGCUUCUAAUCUGUUCAGGAUUUUAUGCAUGAGACAUAUUAUGGCUAACCCAAGCACCCUGCUGAUUGUAUAAAGUCACCAUUCAUCCCGUUCCCCCACCCACCACCACCACCUUCAUGGACUUGAAUGUUAUUAGAGAUGACAAGCCUUCUGUUUUCCUGCUUCUGCACUUUUAUAUGGAAGCUGUCAGUAUUGUUUGAACCACACUUUAGAUUUCUUCCACAGGUUUUAAGUGCUGUAAGCAACAAAAGUACGCCGAAGUGCCUUUUGUGUUUGGUUUUGUUCAUGUCAACUGAUCUGGAGAAGUAAUUGAUUACUUUGUUUUUAUUGGGGAAAAAAAUCUCCAAAAUGAUUUCAGAUCUCUACGUUGUCGAGGUUUACAAAACCUCUUUUUUUAAAUGCAAGGUGACAGAGUCCAAAAUGCUGCAGAACUGUGUCUCUGACCUUCGCCGRCAGGGUUGUCGCAUUUCUCCUCACCGUUCCUGUCGUUGCAAAGUGUGUUUUUAAGCUAUCUCUUAGUGUGUGAAGCAUUUUUAUCUUCACAGUUAAUUGGGGUUUUAAAUUUAAAAAAGAAACUCAUUGAUGCCAUCUUAAGUUGCGUGCUCAGAGCAAGCAUGGCCAAACCUGCUCAGCUGGGUUCAGUUACUUUCACUGUGUGCUGAAAUUGACUGGGAACCCCCUGACUGCCUCAUACAGGUCACUCAGGCUAACCGUCUGACUGUUAAACAUUAAUCUGCCUUAAAUGUCGCUGCAGUACAUAUUGUAAUUUUGUUUACUUUUUGGCAAUGCUUAAUGCAGUAUUUUGAAAGAAAACUAUGGAAGUAUUUAUGUGCAAAUGCAUGCUAUUAAACUAAAGAUUAAACCUCU